AACGCCUUCGACGCCGAUCGCCGGAGAGAGAGAGAGAGAUGGCCGGCGCGGCGGGCGACGACGCCAGGAUGGACGCCGUCCAGAAGCGGCUCAUGUUCGAGGACGAGUGCAUUCUGGUGGAUGAGCAGGACAAUGUUGUUGGCCAUGAAUCGAAGUACAAAUGCCAUCUGAUGGAAAAGAAUCUGCUCCAUAGGGCUUUCAGUGUGUUCCUUUUCAACUCAAAACAUGAGCUCCUACUCCAGCAAAGGUCCGCAACGAAGGUUACAUUUCCUUUACUUUGGAGCAACUCCUGCUGCAGCCAUCCUCUGUACCGUGACUCCGAGCUUAUCCAGGAGAACGACCUUGGUGUGAGAAACGCAGCACAGAGGAAGCUCCUGGAUGAGCUGGGCAUCCCAGCUGAAGAUGCCCCGGUCGACCAGUUCACCCCUGUCGGUCGGAUGCUCUACAUGGCCCCAUCUGACGGGAAAUGGAGCGAGCAUGAGCUUACCCACAUUCUGUUCAUCGUCCGGGACGUGAAGCUGCGGCCGAACCCGGACGAGGUUGCCGGCGUCAGGUACGUGAGCCGCGAGCAGCUGGAGGAGCUGAUCCGGAAGGCGGACGCCGGCGAGGACGACGGCGUGAAGCUCUCCCCCUGGUUCAGGUUGAUCGUGGACAACCUCCUCAUGGGCUGGUGGGACCAUCUCGAGAAGGGCACCCUCAGUGAGGCCGCGGACAUGGAGACCAUCCACAAUCUGAAGGAGUGAAGGGCCGCCGGCCGCCGGCCGCCGGCCGCCGCGCCGUGGCUCCGGUAGUCCGACGACCUUGUCGUCGCCGUGCCGCGUGUUUGCUUUAAUGCUCUUACUGCGGAAUGCUUGCCUUGCUGCCUGUGGUAUACUACGUCGUCUAAAUAAACAGCAAUAAGACGAAUUCCUCGUCGCUACAUACCAUGAUCAGAUCAAUACGACGAAGAGCGUUCU